AUGUCAACAAAUGAUCCCUUAACCAAUAAACUUAAUCCAACAACUUCUUCCACUUUAACUAUUAGAGUGAUAAAAAAUUUUGAAUAUCGAACUGUUAAAAACACUUUAAAGAUUUAUACAAAAGCUCAUGGAUUCAAAAAUCAAAAUUUAGUUAUAAAUACAGAUCAUGAUGAAUGGUUAUUAAACAAUGAGAAUGAAACUUUGAUUUCUUAUGAUAUUGAGAAUGAAACAGAAUUGUCAUUUUUCAAUUAUGAAGCUUAUAAUAAUUAUAAAUCACAUCCAGAUCAAAAAUGGGAUUGA